AAAACCACCACCAACAAGAAUUUUUAGCAACAGCAACUGGCACCACAACAACAUCGGAAAUAUGUAUAACUUUUGGAUAAUCGUUUUAUGUCUAGGAUUACUAGCAACUAAGUCAAUAAAUGGACAAUCGGAUGUGGAUGUGCAAUUGGUGGUGCCGAGGUAUGUGGAGCGCGGCUCCAGCGCCACAUUGAUAUGCAAGCACAAUGUGAUACCGGAAAUACUGUUCAAGGUGACAUGGCUGAAGGUUGAGAAGGGCAAAUUUUUCGAGUUCAUAAACGGACGCAAUCCCCCAUUUCGUAAUUCCACCAUCGAGGGAGCCGAAAUUGAUUGGGAGAACUCGAAUGAAACGCAGGUAACCUUGAAGAAUGUGCAGUUCGACUUGUCGGGCCAGUUCUACUGCGAGGUAUCAACGGACACGCCCAUCUUUACCAAAGCCAGCGCGGAUGAGCUAAUGAGCGUUUUCUUGCCUCAGACAGGUCCACCCACCAUCAAGUUCCGCAAGCGCACACCCUUCGCCAUAGGCGAGAAGCUGUUCGCCUUGUGCAACACAACCCGAGGACGACCAGCCCCGCACAUAACAUGGCUAAUCAAUGGCAAAAAGGUCGAGGAGAAGUUCGUGCGCACCCACCAUGUCUUCUCGUUCAACGGCAAGCAUCAGCGCCGCACGCAGCAGCAGCAACAGACGCCGCUGACCCAGCAGCAGAUGCAGCAUUACUAUCAGCAGCAUUACUACAGCCAGUAUCAGCCGCAGUUCCACGUGCCCCACUACAUCGAUCGCUACGACAAGAGCCUGCGCUGGGGUGGAGCCCGUCCUGAUGAGUUCUCGCAGUAUGCGCCGCACCAUGGACACGACGGACAUGUGCAUCAUGGCGGCGUUGGCAACAUCUACAACAAUCCGUUCAGCUCUCUGGCUAAUUAUCAUGACAUCGGCGAGAUACACGAAAUACAUCAGCGCAACUAUGAUAUAAACAAGAAGCAUAUGGAGAUUAAGAAACAACAGAUGGAGUUGAAAAAGCACAGAAACUCAAACCGAAAAUUUCGGCGUCAUAUUAACGAAAAUGCGCUCGGCAUUAUACGCAGCACUCUGAACAGUGGCGGAUUCGGGCCACAGGCGCCCAACUUGAACAAGGAACUGGGCAUACCAUCCAAUGCCGGACCCAUGAACCAGCUGGCAGCCGGCUAUCAGCGUCCGCUGUCUCAUCCAGGAGGAGGCAGUGGUGUGGCGGCCGCUGCGGCUGCAGUGACCGCAGCGCAGCAGGAGAAGGGCAUGUUCAGCAUUAGUCAGCUCAAUCUGGAGAUAACGGAGCAGCACGUGGGCAGCAAUGGCCGCAUGGAGAUCACAUGCCUGUCCACAAUACCGGCGACGGUGGGUCAGGGCGAGCAGUAUGCCGAUUACAAAACGUAUUCGGUGAAAGUCGAGGUAGAGCGACAUCAGGCGUCCUCCACGUCGACGGCUCCGCCUAGCAUCGGGAUGGCAGCCCUAGGCAAUGGCAACGGGCACGGCAACGAGACAUCCGCCGGUUGGAGGGCGCGCGGAGCUGCCCUAACGCAUCUGUGGUCGCUGGCGCCCCUGCUGAUUUUCGUGCUGCUCUCAGUGAACUAUUAGGAACAAACUGCAGUGCAAACGUAGCCAUCAAACUGUAGGAGAGAAGACCACCGACAUAGUAAGAGGUACAGUAAACCAAAUCCAAGGGCACCCAUUACAGCAGCAGAAACAGAAACAACUACCAUAACAACAACAACAAAAAACAACAACAGGAACAACAGCAACAGUCAUGCACAGGCAAGUUGGCGAUUUCAGUGUAAUUAAGCUGGAAAAUUAGCUAAGUGUGUGAAGCAGCCAAAAAGCAUGCAAACAAUUAAGAGCGAGUGCAUAAACAAUAAUAUUUUUUGCCUCGUUCUGGCAAAAUAGAGUGAAAGAGUUUAUUUGUAAAUUAUUGCCAGACUGCAAUACCGAAAACAGAAAUAUUUGUAAUUAAGUUGCAGUCAAAUGUGAGCAUCGAAAUUGUUUCAUUUCUAGCAGCUGACAAUUUUGUAGCGUAGCGAAAUUUUUGUAUAGCUUUCAAAUGAGCAUACCCAAGUCCCAAGGGAAAACCACAGACAAUUGGACUAGGAGUUAGUUAAGCAUUU